UCGAAUAAACUCAUAGUACAAAUGAACUACUUUCAAAAUUUAUGCGCUGUUUAUAAUAUAUAAACUGAAUUUAAUCGGAUUUUAAAUGAAUAUAAUGGAAGAUAAAAACAAAACUGAUAAAACAAAGAUUUCUUUUUACAGUAAAAUGGGUUUCGUGGUCGACAAGGUAUCUGAAGAUUCAUUUUACGAGAAUUUACUGCUGGGACUGUCAAAAGUUUUGGAAAAAAGUCCUUGCGUCUCAAAAAUAAGUCUAAAAAGACUGUCGGGAGUUAGACAAGUUGAUAUUAGAGCUUGGGAGCAUAAUAACGGAGUUAUUCUACCGGAAGAUUUAAGAGGAUUUUAUUCUUCUACAAAUGGGUUUCUUUUUACUUACGAGUUCUCCUACGAUUACCGUACUACCAAUGAAGAAGACAAAGAAUUCAGGUUGGGUCUAAUUCAAAUUAACCCAAUAAAUGACAUGAUAAGAAUAUUCGGAUAUGAAACAAAAACUAAUGCUGGUAUAGAAUGCGUGGGAAAAAAACAUGUUUUGUCCUUAUCUAGAGAAAGCAAAGAAUACCAUGUUGGCAAUAUGUCUUUUCCAAAGAAGGUCUUCCAGAAUGGAGCAGAGAAAUGUUCAACAUUAUAGCGCCAGGGGUGCUGAACGAAGACAGAAAUUUAAUAGAAAAAC